AGUUCAUGUACUUAGCCAUGUAAGACAUCAAAAUUUAGUCAUGCUACUGGGCUCUUGUUCAAAAGGAAGCCAGAGGUUACUUGUUUAUGAAUAUGUCUGCAAUGGCUCACUGGAAGAACUCUUGUCAGGUAACAGUAAGAGGCCUCUCAACUGGGAAAAGAGAAUAAAAAUAGCACUGGGAGCUGCCAAAGGCUUAGCGUGUCUGCACGCCCGCAACAUCGUCCACAGAGAUAUGAGACCAAGCAACAUUCUCAUUACACAUGACCAUGAGUCAUGGCUGGGAGAUUUUGGUCUUGCAUGGUUGGCACUCUUGGGUACAUGGCACCGGAAUAUGCAGAACACGGAAAAAUGUCGACAAAGACAGAUGUCUAUUCAUUUGGAAUGGUUAUGUUGCAGCUUAUCACUGGACUAAGGACAACGGAUAAGAUUCCCGAGGGGAAAAGUCUCGUUGGAUGGGCAAAACCACUUCUGGAAUCAAAAAUCUAUCCAGACCUCAUUGAUAAAAGAAUUGCAGACUCCCAUGACGUCCACCAACUUCUCUGGAUGGUACGAGUUGCUGAAUCUUGUCUGAAAAAGGAUCCAAAUGUAAGGUGUACAAUGGAACAGGUAUGUUAAUCAAUUUUUAAACAUUUCUACUGGAAUAUCAUAAACACUUCAUCCAAGGCGCAAAAUUCUGAAGAUCAAGUGCUACUCCAGUUUCAUAAAAUAUAAUACGCCUUUUAUCUAUUUCAUUUUGAUGAAAGUAUCACAAAUUCACCUCCAUUGACUUGUCAUUGCCUUAACAAUGUUAUAUAACGUACUGCUGUUUGGAAGCCAAACCAUUUAUUCACAUUCCAUCAGAACUAUAGUUCUCUAUAAAAAACAAUAAUACUCGAAUAAAAUUGAUAAAGUUUGUGGGAGUAAAGAGUUUAGGGGUCUUCUUGAAAGUAAAA